AAAAAAUAACUUCCACUCAUACUAAACCCAACUAUUAUACAUAGAUACCCUCCCGAAACAAGAUAUAACAGAGACAUUGAGUAGAUAAUAGUGUUAAUAGAUAAUAAAGAGGAUAUAUUAAAGGGUCGGUGCCUCGGUCUGGCAACACUGAGGAAAAAGUUUACUUCUUUCCCGCCAAAUCCGAGGCCGCGGCGUGCAAGUGUUCUCCUUUUCCAACCUUUUCUGAGCUGGUCGUGAGAGGAUGGUGGGCGUGCCUUAUGCCUACAUGAUCCCCGGAGAUGUGCGGAGAAGGGUUGGGGAGCUUCAGGCAGAGUACAAGGAGGAAGAGAUAACACGCAAGGGCUAUGUGAAGCGGCUCCUGGCCCUGCUCGACAGCCACCUCAUGGAAACAGACCACAGCGAUAUUGCCGCCCUGGACAAAGAGCUCAAGGAGGAGGACAUUACGGAGGGCACGUACUUCAAGAAACUGGAGAAGUUGCUAGAAUCGUCUUUAAGCCUUGCAACGCCAAGUAACGAGAAGAAUGGCACAGAGAGGAAGGAAGGGUCAAAGAACACCAACACGCCAUCAGGCAAGGAGAAGCUUGCCGCGUUCUCCUUUAAAGAGAACGACAAGAACGUUUGCAACACAGACACAAGCAAAACAAGCAGGGAAGAGAAAGUGAAUGCUGUAGAGAAGGAAAAUGGAGCCAAUGGUCAAGAACAGAGAGAGGAGGAGAUGGAAACAAAUGGCAAAGAGGAAAAAUCUGUGGAAAGAAAUGGAGAGGAAGGAAAAUCUGUGGAAAGAAAUGGAGAGGAAGGGAAAUCUAUGGAAAGAAAUGGAGAGGAAGGAAAAUCUAUGGAAACGAAUGGGGAAGAAGAAAAACAGAUGGAAGCAAAUGGUGUAAAGAAGGAAGAUGAGGCUGAAAAAAUGGACAUAGAAGAAGCUGGUCCAUCAUCACUACCACAGAAGAAGCCAGCAAAAACUCGGACACCAAGGAGGAGGCUAUCGCAGAGUGGGCAAAAGUCCAUCACUGACAUGUUCUCGCCAACCCCCAAGAAGAAGACGGAGGAGAAGGAACUGAAGGAAGAAAAACGAGUGGAAGAAGAUGAUGAUUCCCCGGAGCCUGAUGAAAAGAAACCAAAAUUAGAGGGAGAUGAAGAGGCAAAGGCAUCGACAAAGGACUCGGAACAGAAAACAGAGAAGUCCAACAACAGCAAGUGGAUAGUGCGGCGCUGCGAGGUGUGUCGGCAGCAUCUCACAGACCCCGACCUGCGGCUGUACCCCGGCCACCCCGAGGGAGCGGCCGAGGAGUUCAUCGCCCUCACCGACCCCAAGCUCUCCCUCUUCACGGGCGAGGAGGAGUUUGUACACGAGUACGACGAGAGGCCGCAGCACAAGAUUACGGAGUUCAAUGUGUAUGACAAGGAGGGCCAUCUUUGUCCAUUCGACGGUGGCCUGAUCGAGCGCAACGUCCUCCUCUACUUCUCUGGCUUCCUCAAACCCAUUUAUGAAGAGGACCCGAGCGUGGAGGGGGGGGUGCCAGCCAAGGACAUCGGCCCCAUUAACGAGUGGUGGAUAUCUGGCUUUGAUGGGGGGGAGAAGGCUCUGAUAGGCUUCUCCACUGCCUAUGCUGAGUACAUCCUCAUGUCCGCCAGCGAUGCCUACAGCCCCUUCCUGGAGGCCGUGCGCGAGAAGAUCUACCUCAGCAAGAUGGUCAUUGAGUUCAUUCUCCACGACCCCGACGCAGCGUACGAAGACCUGCUCAACAAGAUGGAAACAACCGUGCCUCCGAGUGGUCUGCAAAGCCUCACCGAAGACACCUUGCUGAGACACGCCCAGUUUGUGUGUGACCAGGUCCACAACUUUGACCUAGCCGGUGAGGAAAAUGAUGACCAACUCAUCACGGCGCCCUGCAUCCGCGCCCUCAUCAGCCUCUCCGGCGUCACCCUGGGCAAGCGUCGGGCUAUGAGGCGCAUCAAACCCAGGAUCAAGGUCACUAAGCAGCCAAAAUUCACCAAGGCAACCACAACGCCAUUAGUGCGGAACCUCUUCGAGUCGUUCUUCCCUGAGCAGAUCGACCCAGGCCAGGACGUCCCAGCUUCCCGGAGGACUCGCUGUGGGGUGUGCGAUGCCUGCCAGACCCCAGACUGUGGCCAGUGUAAACAUUGCAAGGACAUGGUCAAGUUUGGCGGGUCGGGUAGAUCAAAGCAGUGUUGCAUGGAGCGCCGUUGCCCUAAUCGCAUGGUGGCUGAGGCAGAGGAUGAUGACAAUGAGGAGCUGGCCGGUAUCGCUCUAGAGGACGGCACUAUAAAACCCAAUAAGGUGCACCGCAUACGAAGACACACCCAUCGCGUCGCCUGGAGUGGAGAGCCGAUCAUCAAGGAGGCGAAGAGGACCUACUACAAGAGUGUCAUGAUAAACGAGGAGGAGUUCUUUGUGAAUGACUGUGUGAUGGUGGAGCCUGAUGACACCCAGACCCCAGUGUACAUCGCCCGCAUCAACCACAUGUGGGAGGACGGCUCGGGCAAGAAGCACUUCCACGCCGACUGGUUCUGCCGGGGAAGUGACACUGUGCUGGGGGAGGCAGCUGACCCUCUGGAGCUGUUCAUCACCAGUGAUUGUGAGGACACGCUCAUUGAUGCCAUCCUGAAGAAGGUCACCGUUUGUUACGUUCCACCACCUCCAAACUGGAAGAGCCUCGGCGGUGUCCCUGAAGCAGAGGACGACUACCCUGUCAAGGAGGACGACGGCUGCUCUUACUGGUACAAGAUGAUGUAUACCUCAGACUUUGGCCGGUUCGAGGAUGUCCCCAAAGAAACCCUCGCCAGCAUCACAGAUGAGAAGAGACUCCACCGGUUCUGCCCCUCGUGUGACAACCUCGAGAAAGCGGAGAAGAGGGAGAUGUGCAUAAUGGGCAAGGAAUUGGAGGAGGAAUCUUCACAGUCGAGGAACAUGUAUGUGUCUAUAGCAUACCUAGGGGAUGACUUUGCUGUCGGGGACUGUCUGUUUGUCAACCCCGAUGCCUUCCAGUUUGAGGUCAAACCGGCUCCUCCGCCCGAGAAGGAAGAGAGGAGGAAGAAAGUUGACGAGGACAUGUAUCCGGAAUACUACAGGAAGUCCUCCGACCACGUGAAGGGUUCCAACGAGAUGACUCCCAACCCCUUCAAGAUAGCCAGGAUCCUCUACAUCACCAGCCGGCGCUCAGAUGUCGUCCAGAGUCCCAGCGACGUGUCAGUGAGGAUAGCCAAGUUUUACCGCCCGGAGAACACUCACAGGGGCGCCGUGGCCUCCUACCAGGCUGACCUCAACCGCCUCUACUGGAGUGAGGAGGAGGCCUGGAUAACCUUCAGUGAUGUGGCUGGGAAGUGUUUUGUGACCUACCAAGAGAACCUGAUAGACAAAACCAAUGACGACCUCAUGAAGGAGUUGCCCCAUCAAUUUUACUUCGCCGAGGCUUACGAUGCCUCACGCAAGGCCUUUGUGGAGCCCCCUGUCAAGGCUCAGAGCAUGGGGCGACUUGGGAAGGGAAAAGGGAAGGGGAAGAAGAAGGGCAAGGGCAAGUGUUUCCCUGAUGACAGUGAGGAGGCAAACUUCCAGGGCUUCAAGGAGAACACACAAGUCAGGCACAAACUACGCACCUUGGAUGUGUUUGCUGGCGUCGGAGGUCUGUCUGAGGGAUUCCACCAAGCAGAAAUCAGUGAAUCUAAGUGGGCGAUUGAAGCGUUUGAACCAGCAGCCCAGGCAUACAGACUCAACUUCCCAGGUGCUACCGUGUUUACUGACGACUGCAAUCACCUGCUUAGACUAGUGAUGGAUGGCAACAACAUGAACAACAAGGGCCAGCGGCUGCCUCAGAAGGGGGACGUGGAGAUGCUGUGUGGUGGUCCGCCGUGCCAAGGCUUCUCGGGAAUGAACAGAUUCAGCAGUCGACAGUAUUCCCUAUUCAAGAACUCUCUCGUGGCCUCGUACCUCUCGUUCUGCGACUACUACCGCCCCCGAUACUUCCUGCUGGAGAACGUUCGUAACUUCGUCUCGUACAAGUGCGGGAUGGUGCUGAAGCUGACCCUGCGCGUGCUUGUCAAGAUGGGCUAUCAGUGCACCUUCGGGAUCCUUCAGGCUGGGAACUAUGGUGUGCCGCAAACUCGCAGGAGGGCCAUCAUACUAGCAGCUGCGCCGGGUGAGAAGCUGCCCAUGUACCCGGAACCCACCCAUGCAUUCUCUCGUAGGUCAAGCAACUUAUCACUCGUGGUGGAUGGCAAGAAGUAUGUGACCAACUGCCAGUGGACUGAGUCUGCCCCAAUGCGAACGAUAACAGUGAGGGAUGCGUUGUCGGACCUUCCGGAGAUCAUGAACGGCCAUCGCAAGGAAGAGAUGAGCUACGGGGCCGAGCCUGAGUCACACUUCCAGCGCAUGAUCCGUGGCAACCAGUACCAGCCCCUUCUGAGGGACCACAUUUGCAAGGAGAUGGCGCCCCUGGUGGAGGCCCGCAUCAGGCACAUCCCCACGGCCCCGGGCUCAGACUGGCGGGACCUGCCCAACAUUGUCGUCCUGCUCUCUGACGGAAAGGAAACCAAAAAACUGCUGUACCUUCACCUCGACAAGAAACAGGGCAAGUCAUCCACAGGGGCGAUGCGUGGGGUAUGUCCGUGCGCUGCUGGGCGUGCAUGCCACCCCAUGGACCGCCAGUACAACACCCUUAUCCCCUGGUGCCUGCCCCACACCGGCAACCGCCACAACCACUGGGCCGGCCUUUAUGGCAGGCUGGAGUGGGACGGUUUCUUCUCCACCACUGUCACCAACCCUGAACCCAUGGGCAAGCAGGGCCGAGUGUUGCAUCCAGAACAAACUCGUGUUGUCAGUGUUCGGGAGUGUGCGCGCUCCCAGGGCUUCCCUGACACCUUCCGCUUCUUUGGGACCAUCUUGGAGAAACACAGACAGGUUGGUAACGCCGUGCCGCCCCCGAUGGCGCGUGCCAUAGGGCUGGAGCUGAAGCGGUGCCUGCUGGCCGGGGAGUAUGAGGCAGGGAAAUAGUGGAGGCCAAUGGUGCUAUGUGUGGGACCUGAUCUUAGAAUUUAGCUCUAGGAAGAAUUUUUAUAUAUUUUAUUUUGUUUUUAACACAUUUUAUAAAGAUUACCCCAAGGAAUGCCUCAAGUUUUAGCAGCUGAAAACUUUUUUUUUUAUAUAUACGAAAGGAAUCCUUUAUAAUUCAGUGCAAGUCUUAAUUGGAGGAGCUCUCCAAUUUUUAAUACAAAUAACUUACUGCAUUGCUUUCAAUACAACCAAUUGAAAGUAAACCACUCAGUAAGUCUGAUUAGUUACCUCUCAGUUUACAUAAUUAAUCACAGCAGUGUAUGAAAAAGGAAGUUUUCUUUCAGUCAACUCUAUAUCUUAUAUAUUUUCACACCCUGCAUCCUCAUGGGAAGUUCCCUGAAGGGGGUGGUCACUUCACAAGUCUAAAAUUGUUCUUGUUCCAACACUCGCUCCCAGCACAAUCCAUCCUUCUCAUGCCAACUUACUGAUUCUCAUCCACUACUAAUACAUUUCACUGGUGAUCUCCGUAAGAUUCCACUGCAACCUGUCCUCAUACACUCUUCACUGUCAUUCUCAUUCAUUCUUUUCACAUUUCAGAGUGCCUCACUCAUCCUACCAUUCCACUAUCACCCUUUACUGCUACACCCACACCAAAAUUGUCACACACAUCUUCAUUAUAUGCUCACCCCAUCCCACCUUGACGCACACAUCUUGUUGGUCUCACCACACGUACUAGUGAUUGCUGGGGAGCAAUCCAAGUCAGUUGUCUGAUUCUUCCAACAAAGCUUCUUUACCCCAAUGUUCAUACUUAUUCCUUUCAACACUGGCACACCUAUGACCUAUUACCCUUAGCUCUCCCUCCAUGCUCCCACACCUACAUAAGUCACCUACAUGACACCAGGCUACAGCUGAAGGCCAAGGGGAGUAGUUUUUUUAUUUAUCAACAUAGAUUAUGGUAGUUGAUGUAUCCACAUGUAUUUUGAUUAAAGAAAUGAAGGACU